GCGGCUGAGACCAAGCUAACCUUCUGCCCUCGCGCACCAUAAUGACUGAAAAUAGUAAUACAAUGUGGGAACUGGCUGGGGUGACCCGGCCUCCUCGCCAACGGUGACCCGCGUACAUAUUGCGGCCGCCAGGAACUUUCCGGCCAUACAGCAGCGAGGAACCGGACUGGAAGCGUCACUGAUCAGUCUGCGUGCGGUUUCCUUUGCUUGAUUUUCCGAUAACCUUGUGAGGGUGACGGUACUUUCUUUGAGGGUGUUAAGUGAUAGACCACACGCUGCUUGUUCUGUCGCUGUCUUGUGCCUGUUGUGAGCAGCUCCUGUUUGUUGUCCGAGGUCCUGUUUGUUCCUCGAGGUCCUCUUUAUUCCUCGAGGUCCUGUUUGUUCUUCGAGGCACUUACUGUCGCUGUCCAUAUACCUGUUGUGAGCGGCUGGAGACAGUACUGAGAGGAUAUAUUUGCCCAGUGAUGUGAGAGACUGACUCCCUGCCGCUAUGAAGCCCCUGGCAGUGUCCGUGCUAACGAUUGCGACAGUAGCUUCAUGGGCAGUACCGGCUAAGGAAGCAAAGACCUGGCCCUUCAUUGAGGCAUGGGGAGGCAAGGACAUGAUGGAGAAGACAGAGCUGCUUGGACAAGAUGCCACCAGCCUACAGUUGGAUGAAACAAGACAGGAGGAGCAGGAGACCAAUGCUCUGGAGAGUGUUUCAUCCCUCUUUGGUUCCCUCAGAUUGUCAACACUUGGGGUGCAUGCCCUCUUCCCCCUGAUGCUGGCCUUCACCCUCUACCUCGGCCUGGUGCUGUGGGCCUCCUCCACACUCCACAGAGCUGACCACCAUUUGUAUAAGACCAUCUCAGAGCUCAACGCAAAGACUGAUCAGAUUACUGAGGGACUGGCAGCACUCGCCCAAAUCUACAUUGACAACUACCACUUUUCCUAUAGGAGUAAUCAUGAAGGUCAGGAGCCUUUCCUGAACCCAUCUCAUAUCCCUUCCUCUUAAGAUAGGGUGUCAAGGUGGGGUCACACAAGAACCUUUCCCAGCAGCCAAUCAUUGUGCAUAAGUUAAGCAUAGUGCUGAUGUUAUUAUAAGGAAAGUUGGCCUUAUGCAUUAACAAGUCAGUGAUGUAAUAGAGAUUGCCUUGCUUUGUCUUGUAGAACUUGAUAGAAGACGUGCAUAUUCGGAGAAAAAAAAAAAAUUGCUAUUUGAUAUUAACAACAUUAGUGAAUCAAGUAGUCUCCAUUACAGAUGAAAUUCUUCAAGCGACACAUACUUUCACAUGGACAUGACACCUUGAACAUUAUCCUGUACUUUAUUAUCACAUGACCACUGUCAACCUCUUUCAUACCACAUCAUUUUUCACUUUGAUUAUCCCUUUACACAGUGAGUUGGGAUUGAACUCUUGACUUCUUGGUCAAGAGCCAGGCACUAUACCCAGAGCCACUUGGCCCUCAAAAAUAUACAACCUUCCUUUGUCCACUUCAUUUCACAUAAAUGCUUUCCUCUGAUACAAGACUGGUAAAGGAUCCAUCCUUAUAUUAACCUAUCUUUUUAUCUACAGCUACUCUUUACUAUUACCUCACCAAUCAUCCACAUGGUUUGAUAAUCAUGGUACCCAAAUAUUCAUAGAAAUUCAUCUAUCACAUCGUGUUCAUCACUAUUUCUGAUACUAGUUUGCCCUCAUUUCCUUUCCCAGUGGUGUACAUACCUUUCCAGCCACUGACCUCAUGCCUCUACAAAACCAAAUUCAGAUGGAACAUAAUUUGAUGCCCCAUAUAAUCCCACUCUUAUAUAUCAAACAU